UGUUUUCAAAAACUUUCCCCCUUUUUUGCAAGAAUUUACGGUAACUAUAGUCGUACUUUUGAAACAUCCAAGAAAAAGGUACUCCUAUUGAGGCGAACUUCGCCAAAAUUUAACGAGUUUGUAGAAAAGGCUGAAAAUGAUGAAUUAGUGGAGAGGCAAAAACUCGAUUCGCUCGUUUUACUUCCCGUUCAGAGAAUUCCAAGAUAUAGUUUAUUACUUAAGCAGCUUGUUAAGUACACUCCUCCAGAUGAUCCCGAUUAUGAAAAUUUACAAAAGAUUCUCGUCGUUAUUAACGAAAUAUGUAAAAAAGUGAAUGAAGAUGUAAAAAAAUAUAAUGAAAUGAUGGAAGUUGUUGAGCUUGAAGACAAAUACGUUACUGAAGACAAUAGUCAAGUGCAGUUGUUUAAAGAAAGUAGACAAUUUUAUAAGCAGGGAUUAUGCAAAUAUAAAAAUAAUGAUCUACAUCUCUCACUUUUCAGCGAUGUUUUGUUAAUGGCAAGGCCUGAUAGAAACAGAAGAUUAAAAAUAAAACUGAUUGCUUCGACUUUUACUGUAACUCCUUUGUCCUUUAAGAAGAGCUCUUGCUCGCUUUUGUUGGUAUUUUUAACCGGUAAACCAAACAUGGAAGUAACUUUCAAGAAUUCUUCUGAGAGGUGGGAUUGGGAGGCACUUUUACACUCGGUAACUAUAAAGAGUAAAAUUACUUUUGUCAAGACCAAUGCAUCUCGUCUUGCUGAAGAAAAUUUAAGUAAAAGCAAAACUAGUGAAAGUAAGCUGUUUAGCUCGUCGAUAUUUUCUCAAAAAAUGAUAAACUCCAAUGAGAAACCAGUGAAUCAGUAAAUACAAAAGCACCCAAUCCUUAAACGUGGCUUCUAAAAAGCAAAAGUUGCUUCCAAAAAAUUAUAA